ACUGCCCACCAGCCAGGGUAUUUCAAUCUUUCCUCUUUCCAUCGGGACACUUCUCCUUCUUCUUUCGCAACUAACCACUGAUUAAAUACCAAGAACAACGAUGGCCAGACAUAACCGACGACAGACCAAUACUCAGCCUGCCCAAUCUACCUCAUCAACACCAUUUACCUACCAACCCAUCAGUCAUAAUAAUCAUAACAACAAUAACAAUAACAAUAACAAUAACAAUCAACCUAAACGACCUCGUCCUUCAGCCAAUGAGAGAGUUCUUCAAGAACUUCGAUCCAGAACCGCGUUGCGGCAUUCAAGCAUGGACCCAAACAGUAACAUCCAAGAUGGACAAGAGAUAGAGGUGACGAGAUUUGAAAUACACGACCGAGCCUACCGACCGCAAUCAGUCUACGUGUUUCCAUUUGGCGAGGACUCCUCAGACGAGACGCUUCGGACGAUGAUCGAGAAUGUCUUACAAGAUAGUCUCAUCAUCACGGCCUGUCGACCACCCUUAAGACUAGUCUCAUUUGACAUGGAAUGGGUCACCGACCAUCGCGCACGCAAGCCCAGGCCGACGUCCUUGAUCCAGAUCUGCGGACAGACGAUCACCCUGGUCAUCCAGCUCGUCCACAUCCAACGCCCCAAAUGGUUCCUCCACGUCCUCCCCACUCCCAUAGCCGAGUUCCUCAGGGACCCGUUCAUCGUCAAGUUCGGCGUCGGCAUCUCCGGCGACGCCGAUAAACUCGCCCGCGAUCAAUUCACGGAUCCCACCGGCUCCAAGGUCUAUCUUAACGCCUUCCUCGAACUCAUCGACGUCGCUAAGCUCAUCGAUCCCACCGCCAGAGACGAUAUCCCUACCGAAGCCUUCUCCCUCCAACGCUUCGUCGCUAGAUAUCUCGAACAAUUCCUCCCGAAAACUAAGAGCGUCGUCACUUCUAAUUGGGAAUCUUUUUAUCUUUCCCCUACUCAGUUAAACUACGCAGCAAGUGAUGUGAUUUCAGCGAUGAGAGUGUACUUGAAACUAUACAUGUUACCAGCUCACCAUCCCCGAUUCAUGCCACCGAUCAGAUACGCUGCCGCAAAUACCAUGUAACCGGCCCGCUUUCCUCCUCUCAAGCAACUCCUACACACACACACACACAUUUAUAUAUACAUGCAAACACACAAAACAUCCUCGAUCCUCCAUACUCCCUCUUCCCAAACACCAACCCAAACCAGAGAAUUGGCCCCCAACACUGAAGAUGAUUUUGUCUUUAAAAUAAAAAUGAUUGAUUGAUUGCUAAUACUCACUUAAACUCACUUACAUACACUGGCUUUUUUUUUCUUUCCUUUUUCUUACUUUUUCUUUUUGGGUGGACAGAACGUUAUAAUACAUACAAACAAGUUGAACAUUGUUUUUCAUUCUUACAUUGUCUGUUGUUGAUGAAAGUUUAGUAAUGAUCUGUAUAUCACCUGCCAUACAUACAUCUAUGUGCACACAAAAACACUUCCACAACCAUUUACAAGACCUUCAGCAAUAAGGACAGAACUCAGGAAGACAAA